UAAUUGAAAAAUGAAAAACAAGAACACUGACUGGCAGACUGCAAUGGCUUCUUUCGUUUGUUGAUUUCUGACAUGUUUCCAUCAAAAUAAAAUUUACAUAGCUUUUAAAGGAUAAUUUUGGCCUUUGUCUUAACCAACCAACCGACUCUUUGAGUAAUGGGAAUUCUGGGUUUCUCCUUCUUUGUUCUUGGGCUGCUCAACACAGUUAUUGCACAGUCAAAUAUCACAGACCCUAAUGAAGUGGUUGCUAUUAACAAGAUAAUUGAUCACUGGAAUUUGAGAAGCAAGGUGAACCUCAGCAGUUUUGAGCCUUGCGACAAAAAUGCUUCUUGGGCACCAUUAGAGGCUAAUCCCAGGAUUGCUUGUGAUUGUUCCGGCACUUUCUGCCACAUUAAUCGCUUGAAAAUAUAUGGCUUAGAUAUUGUUGGUGAAAUUCCUAAAGAACUGUUUGUGCUUAAAGAAAUGAUGGACUUGAAUUUGGCUCAGAAUGUAUUGAAUGGCUCUGUCCCACCUGAAAUCGGGCAGUUAACAAAGAUGAAAUGGCUGAGUUUCGGCACUAACAAUCUCACUGGUCCAAUUCCUCCCGAGAUAGGAAAUCUCAGUAUUUUGAUUACUUUAAGUUUUGCCACAAACAAUAUGAAUGGACCCUUGCCACCGGAACUAGGAAACUUAACGACCUUGGAAGAGAUGUAUAUUGAUAGCAACAGACUGACUGGACCGAUCCCCGAAGAGCUUUCGAAAUUGAAAAAUCUCAGGGUUUUAUGGGCGUCUUCUAAUAAUUUUACGGGAAAGCUUCCUGAAUUCCUUGGAAGCCUGACAGAUCUCGCAGUCCUGAGACUGGAGGGAACGCUUCUUGAAGGCCCAAUCCCGAAAAGCUAUGGUGCACUAAUGAAGCUAGAUGAUUUGAGAAUUGGCGAUAUCAAUAAUGCAGAUUCUUCUCUGAAUUUCAUUGAGAAUGUGUCCAGUAUUUCUAUAUUAUCAUUAAGAAAUUGCCGGAUAGCUGGCCAACUUCCAGAAUGGUUUAGUAAAUUCUCUAAUUUGAAAAUCUUGGACUUGAGCUUCAAUAAGUUGACGGGUGAAAUACCAAACUCAUAUAAAGACUUUGACUCGUUAGAGUACUUGUACCUUGGAAGCAAUAACUUGAGCGGGGAGCUACCCGCAAACAUCAUAACUGACACGCUUUUCUUAGAUAUCUCGUUCAAUCAAAUCUCUGGAACUAUACCUGCCAAUAAGUCAUAUAUUUCACUAAAUGCUGUUGGCACUUUGAUCACUAGCGAAAAAGGGUCACGUCCGCGCAGCGUUUUCUUGACGAAAAAUUCGGUGUGCACUAAGAAAGCUUCAACUUCACUUUCGAUUAAAUGUGGUGGAAAUCAAAUAGUAACUGUGGAUGGGAUUCAGUUUGAUGAUGACUCAGAGAUGCUCGGCCCAGCCUCGUUCUACAUGAGCUCGAACAAGCAGUGGGCAGUGAGCAGUUCUGGAAUAUUCAUUAACAACCCGAAUGGACAGAACUAUACAGCUCAUUCGUUUUCUCAGAUCCCGAACACUUUAGACUCUGAACUCUACAAAACAGCCCGGAUAUCCCCGAGCUCAUUGAGGUAUUAUGGUGUUGGGUUAAAGAAAGGCAUAUACCGAGUCGAGCUUCAUUUUGCUGAGAUACAAAUGGAUGAUAUUAAGGACUCUUGGAAAGGCCUUGGGAGGCGCUAUUUCGACGUUUCCAUUCAGGGUGAAAGAGUUCUUCGAGAUUUCAACGUUAAACAAGAGGCCGGGGGAUCUAAGCGGGCACUAGUGAAGAAGUUCAAGGCGAACGUGACAAACAACGUGUUGGACAUUCACUUUUUCUGGGCUGGGAAGGGCACCUGCUGCAUUCCAGUCCAAAGCACAUUUGGCCCUAUAGUUUCAGCCAUCCAUGUUGUUCAAGAGGUCAAUUUAGAUGAUUCUUCAGACGGUAGUGACAAGAAACGCGUCGGAAAGAUUAUUGGAAUCACGCUUGGAUCUGCAGCAGGAGUGCUCAUAAUUUGUUCCAUUUUCUAUGUGUGGUGGACAAAGAAAAAAUCUCCAACCUACAAGGGAUUCUAACUUGAUUCAACAACAAAACUUCCUUCUUCUUCCAAAUACUGCCUACUGAACCAGUGAGCUAAGCUCGUGUCCGCACCUUCUUCCUAAGCCUAUAUAUGUAACCUCUCUCAGAUCUUUAAUUAAUUAGGCCAUGAAUUGAAAGACCCUUACUCUUCUUUCUAUCAUAAUGUAUAUUAAUUGCAUAUAAAUUAGCCAAUAAGUGUGUAAGCUGUAACUGUAUUUGGAGUUUGGAUUUGUAGUCAAACUUGUCCUAUGCUCGUGGCUAUGUUUGGCAA